AAGUUAAAUUAAAUUUUACUGUUAUUUAUAUUAUAAAUAAAAUAUGUACAAAAAUAGAUUAUUAGACAGACAAGGAGAGUAAAUAGUAUUUUGUGUCCCCCCAGCGUUAAACAAGUUAAGCAACCGCUUCCUGGUCUCGUCUUCCAAGAUAAUCAGGCUCAAGCGCAAGGUCUCCACGAACCGUGCGCCACAACCAUCCACACAAUUUUCCAAUUGAGGACCGCGCUAAAUUUAUCCUCUUAAAAAGUCUUUUCAUUUACAGUACGUCGUUUAAACGGUCAUCAUGGAUCCAACGGGUGCGGAUCGAUACUUCGACGUGUUCGAUUAUCUGGUGUUUGCGAUCAUGUUGAUCGUGUCCGCAUUGAUCGGCGUCUAUUUCGCGUUCUUCGCAAAAGUCAAGCAGAACACCACGUCGGAGUAUCUGAUGGGUGGGAAAACGAUGGGGAUCUUUCCCAUAUCCAUGUCCCUAAUUGCCAGUUACAUAUCAGGCAUAAGCGUUUUGGGAAUUCCCGCCGAGAUGUACACGUACGGCACCCAAUUCUGGAUGGUGAUCGCGUCUAAAGCCUUCGUUUCUUUGGCAAUGGCUUUUGCUUAUCUUCCGGUAUUUUACAAGUUGCAAAUUACUUCCAGUUACGAGUACUUAAACCUGCGUUUCAAUUCAACCGUACGUAUGCUAGGAUCAUUGUUGUUUUUAACCAAGAUGUUGCUGUACAUUCCUAUUGUGAUAUACGUGCCAGCUUUAGCUUUUAGUCAAGUAACGGGUAUAAAUCUUCACAUGGUGACUCCAGUAGUUUGCAUAGUUUGCAUCUUCUACACGACAUUGGGCGGUCUUAAGGCCGUUGUUUGGACGGACACAGUCCAAACAGUUAUACUGUUUGGAUCCAUGAUUGUUGUUGUUUGUCUUGGAACCGCGAGCGUUGGAGGAUUCAACGAAGUCUGGCGACGAAAUGUAGAAGGAAAACGAAUCGAUUUCUUCAAUAUGGACUUGGAUCCCACAAUAAGACAUUCAUUUUGGACCGUAACUAUCGGUAACUUCUUCAGUUGGAUGGCUUCUUGUUCCAUCAAUCAGGCUAUGGUGCAAAGAUGUUUGGCGAUGCCCUCCUUGAAAUCAGCAAGAAUCACUGUGGCAAUUUUGGUGGCGGGAAUUGUCACCUUGGUCUCCAUGUGCUGUUACAUGGGACUGGUGAUCUUCGCUUCGUACCACAAAUGCGACCCCAUAACCAGAGGUUCCAUUUACAAGUCGGACCAACUAUUGCCCUAUUUCGUCAUGGAAAUAGCCGCCUUUAUGCCUGGUCUUCCCGGACUUUUCGUCAGCGGGGUCUUCAGUGCUGCCCUCAGCUCCAUGUCGACUGGUUUAAACUCGAUGACCGGCGUCAUAUUCGAAGACCUGGUGAAACCCAGGAUGAAGAAACCCUUAACAGAGAGCCAGGCCAGCCUCCUGAUGAAAAUAAUCGUGGUGAUCAUAGGAAGCAUCUGCGUCGGACUGGUAUUCGUGGUGGAAAAAAUGGGGGCGUUGAUCCAGGCGUCGGGCAGUUUGGGCGCCAUAACUGCCGGCCCACUUUUGGGCAUCUUUAGUCUCGGCAUGUUCUUCCCAAUAGCCAAUUCGAAGGGCGCCCUCACUGGGGGUAUCGUGAGCGGCGCCUUGGUGUCUUGGAUUUCGAUAGGGACGCAGAUAAACAUGGCACUGGGGGCGAUUAAGUUUCCGCAAAAGUCGGUGUCCGUGGAGGGAUGCAAUGCCAAUUGGGUGGCGGAGUAUCUGAGUCUGACUUUGGUGCCGGAUGGAACGGCCAGACCUGCUGAGCCCACUUUUCCUCUCUACAGGUUGUCCUACAUGUAUUAUACGGCGGUUGGAGCGAUUACUGCUAUUACUGUGGGGUUGAUUGUUAGUUACAUUACUGGGGGGAAUAAGGACAAAAAGGUACACAGGGAUUUAUUGUCGCCUGCGAUUUAUGGCUUUUUGGAUGAGGACUCAGGGCUCAAAGAUAAAUUGGCAGUAAAGCCAGACGAAAUUGUUGAAAAAAUACCUUUAAGUACAAUAAAAUAGUUUAAUU